AUGGCCGCUGUACAACAACUAUUAGCAAGUCCAUCGCCGAGCCCGGCGCUUCCUCCAACUGGAUUCAAUGGCGAAACAGACACCAUGACUACAGAUAGGGUCAGCCAAAGUCCCGUUAUGCUCCAUGGCCGCUCCUUGCGAGGGGCGCCGGAAGAGGGAGACAAGAGAAUUGCUGUCAUUAUUUUUGGACAAGGCCAGGAACGAGUUGUAUCCACCGUCGCGGAGGUACUUAGUAAACCUUUCAAGUUAGGAAGCUCGUUCAAGAACGUGACAAGGGACGACCACGGAUUUGUGGUAGGGAUUUCGGCAGUGGACGCCAAACGGGACAUUGCAGACCGAAACAAGGAGUUGUUGGUUGCCGUCAAUACUCACUGCGUAACUCUAGGAAUGCCCCCUGAUGAGCAGCUGUCGACGCAUUGCGAUUAUGAGUUUUUAUACAUGGAAUCGCCGUACUUCAGGCGCUACCUGUCUCGGUUCAUCUCCUUCACCCUGGGUCAGAUUAGCCAUCACGAAGAGCUCAUGGCUAAGCCGAGGACUUUGUUCAUGUCGACCACAUUCCCCGACGUUCGUGCUGCUUUGCCCAACCUCGAUAUCCUCACCGUGGGAUCUGACGCUAUUGAAAUCCGGGUUGACCUCCUCCGCGAACCUCUUCCAAAUGGCGGUUUCGCCGAGGUCCCUAGCCUAGGUUAUGUUGGAGAACAAGUUAUGCUGCUACGGGAGCGGACAGAGUUACCAAUCAUCUUUACAACUCGAUGUACCAACGAAAAUGGCAGGUUCCCGAUGCAUGACCCAUCACUCUACCAUCGGUACCUGUACAAAGCUAUCCAAUGGGGAAUCGAGUAUAUCGAUAUUGAGCUGUGGCUUCCGGAGGAUAUUCGUCGGGAUCUGUGGCAGCGGAAAGGGAACUCACGCAUCAUGUCGGCAUUUCACGACUUCUCGGGGACUUUCAAGUGGCCGUCGCAGUACGCACUGGACGUUUUUCAACGGUCUUGUCCUUAUGCAGAUAUUGUCAAGAUGAUUGCCAUUAUCAACGAGCAUAAUGAGAAUUUCGAAUUGGAAUAUUUUCGCUCCAAGAUACGGUCGGAAUAUCCCAAUGCACCACCUCUAUCUGCUGUAAAUAUGGGAGGGACGGGCCAGUUUUCUAGAACCCAAAACAAAGUCUUCACACCCAUCACACAUCCUCUUCUUCCCCUAAUUGCAGCCCCAGGUCAAAUGAGCACUUCUGAAAUUCACCGAGCAUUAUGUCAACUGGGACAAUUGCCGAUGAAGAAUAUAUACGGGGUCAGCUCUUCCUUGAACCGAAGCGCUGUUCCGCAGGCACCGUUUUAUGAGAAGUGCUUCAAUGAAUUGGGUCUACCUCAUCGGUUCAGCAUUAUUGAACGACAGCCCAACAACUUUGCCGGCAUGGAAGCCUGGUGUAAUCAGAGAGACUUUGGAGGCGCAUAUCUUGAUCCUGGCAUCUCUGUCCAGACAUUGUCCAAGCAUAACAAAUUCUUUGCUAGGCUGAAUAACGGCCAAGGACCGACGCUCACCGAAGCAGCUCGGGCAAUUGGAAUCGCUGACACCAUCGUUGCCAGAUCUGGCUCCUCCGCCACGCCAACACCACCAUCCAUGCCAUCCAGUCCUCAUAGUGGACAAGGCUCGGCGGUGUCACAUGCGCAAACUGGAUCAGCAACAACCACCUCGUCGCUCAUUUUUGACAAUGCUGGUUGGAGAGGCAUUAUGCAUACUCUUAUAAGAGAUCUUGCCCCCUCAGCUUAUUUUGACAGAUCAGCUGUUGUUCUUGCGUCCUCUUCUGAUGACGCCGCCCCGGUAUUUUAUGCGUUGAAAGCGUUGAAGAUUGCCAAGAUCUACACCGUUGGCUUCCGGACCCCUGCUGCCCUCGCUCGCCAUGCUCCUCCGAUUGAGCAGUUCAUUAGCUUGGAGAGCCUUCAGCGUGCGAGAUCCGUGGCAGACGACCGGGCUCCGUUCGUAAUCGUCUCAGCUCUGGGCUCGGACAAGGGAAAUCUCGUGAGCAUGAUGCUUCGUGCGUUUGCCGCUGCUGGCCGAGACGGUGCGCCAAACGUCAACAAGGUCUUUCUGAACCUGGCCGACGUGGCAGCUCGCAAGACAAACGACCCUCACGAGACGGCAGAAAAGAGCGGAUUUGCGUCUUAUGGUGCCGCAGAUGUGGCGGCAUUCACCAUUGUUGAAAGUUUAAGAUUGCUCGUUGGUCAAAAUGUGCCAUAUAGCUUUGUGAGACUGGCAAGUGGCAGACAUCAUCUCUUUUGA